ACUCGCUACGUUACCAACUAACGCUGGUGAUUGUAAAAGUUAUAGUGCUGCAAUAGUUACGUGUGUUAGAUUAAGGGAGAUAUUUUAUCACAAUGUUUGUCUGGUUGUUGAAAGUUAUUGUUCUACUGAACAUUAUUUCAUGCUAUGGUAUCAAGUUAACUUUCAAGAAGGAUUUAACACACGAAGGGAAGCAUCUUCCUGCUCAGUUACACUGUGCCGAGGACAAAAACAACAACAAUGAAAUCUCAGCCUUGGUUAACAUGUCCAUCUAUAAAAUCAGCCAACCGGAGGGGAAUACCCUCUUGGCGUCUAUAUCCGAAUCUGACGCAAAGCCUCAGGGUUAUGAGACUGAUGGUGUUCAAGUUGAUGGAAAAAUGUCCAAAUAUUACGGGGAGCUAACUCUGUCGUUUAGUAAUUACCCAGAAUGCAACACAGAAUUUUACAUGUGCACGGAGUAUUUUAUCAACUCGACAGGUUCUGUUAUGAAAGCUGGGAAGAUGGCGGAGUGUUUCGAUAAAAAAUCACGUGACUCGAUAUUAAUGAUGAAUCUGAGAGCUAAAACGCCUGACAUUUUAAAGACGGUUGACAGAAUGACCGACUUUCUCAAGUCAUUUGAGGACCCUAAAAACGGUGCAGAUGCUGUGGUAUCGGUAAAUAUGUCACAUACAGACCGUAUCUUUUAUAACUCUAAUGACAUACAUAACUUUAACGAGAUGCAAACCUCUAAUGACAUGCAAAAAAUGACAAGAGAUUUGAAUACAGAUCACAAUAAACAUCAAAGCCAUUGUUUGGACGGAGCAAAUCAAGUAGAUGACAAGAUUCGCGACGCACUACUUAAAGUCAACGCAACUUUACAAAGAAUGGAAAUCAACAUCAACGUAAGAAUCGAGGCAAAGAUAAAGAAAACACUAGAGAAGCAGGGAGAAGCGUUGGAGUCGGUCUGGGAGAAAAUCUCACAGUUAAACAGCACGAUUCAAACACUGCGGGAAGACAGGCAAGAGGACAGUACACUGUACAUGGACAAGUUAAACACAACAGAGGAGAUGCUGGGUCAAACGUUGCAUGUUUUGGCUGAGCUGAAUAGGACAAUGGAGGAGUUAAGAGAGGAAUAUCUCACUAAAACCCCAUUAAAUAAUACUCUUGGUGCUAAACAGUGUGUACGAAACCUUGAUCCCAGAUUACCAGAGAGGAUGAUGGUACUGAUAGAUGGGAAAAAGUUCGUCUUGUGUGACACCAAAACAGAUGCCGGGGGAUGGAUUGUCAUACAGAGACGCGUCAACGGCGACAUUGAUUUUGAAAGAGGCUGGAACGACUACAAAAACGGAUUUGGUUCUGUGACAAGCGACUACUGGCUUGGGAAUGACUGGAUCUCAGUUCUUACAGCGAUGGGGUAUAACGAGCUGAGGUUUGAUAUGACCUACAAACAAAUCAACUACUACGCAGUCUACAGAAACUUUAGGGUGGAGAACGAGGCAGGCUUUUACAAGACAACCUACACGUUCUACGGCGGGAAUGCGACGGACAACUUCAGCUAUCAAAACGGCAUGAAGUUCACCACCACCGACAGGGACAACGACCUUGACUCUGGUAACUGCGCCCAGAGGUUCUCCGGGGGGUGGUGGUACAAGGACUGCUUCACCGUUAACGUGAACGGGAGGUGGGGGGAGAAGAAGCACGGGUUUGGUAUCAACUGGAGAGGCGUGUCAGGUCAUGAUGACUCGAUGGAGUUUGUGGAGAUGAAGGUGCGUGCGCUGUAAGCUGUAAUGUAGAGCAUUGUAAACAUGCAUUAUUGUGUACAUAUGGAGGUAUUAAUAUCCAACACGAUGUCUUUUAUAACAAUGGUCAGCAUGUAAUUGAUUUUUUAAUACAUUUUGUUUUCUUUUUACAAUAUAUUAAGUAACACUCACUUUGAAAGUAAACACUUUAUUUAAGAUUUACUAAUACAAACUAUGAUUAAAAUUGGUAAUCAUUGUUUAGAAGAAAACACAAGUGUAUUUGACUACCAAACAUUUCAUUUGUUGGAAACAUGAAUAUUUUACAUCAUAUAAUAUUACGUUUUAUUGUUGUUUUAAUUAUCUUGAUAGACAUGACUGAACAUGAUAUUGUUGAUAAAGGGAUUGUUUUAGGAGGUAUACUUUAUUAAAGGGAUCGUCGG